AAAUUGGACCCAAACUUGCUUCCGUUAUUUCUCCUACAGACAUAGACCCUAUACAACCUAUUCAGCCUUGUAGAUCUGAAUUUAACUUAAGAACAAUAACAACGACAGAAUUAAUUCAAACAAUUGGGAAAACCAACUUAAACAAGGCCCCAGGUCUAGACAAAAUACCAAUUAAACUAAUUAAACUAGCAGGAGAUGCCAUUCACGACUCCUUACUACAUAUCUUUAACCUUGUACUGGGCACUGGCGUUUUCCCAGAUGAUUUAAAACUUGCUAAAAUAAUACCUAUUCAUAAAGAAGGUGACAAGGCGGAAUGCGGAAACUACCGGCCUAUAUCUGUAAUUCCUACUGUCGCCAAAAUCCUUGAAAAGAUUAUAUACGACCAAUUAAGUUCAUAUAUCAAUGACAACGACAUUAUUUGUAAACAGCAAUUUGGCUUUAGACCAAAUCAUUCUACAGAAACUGCCCUAUUAAAAUGCACAGAUCAAUGGCUACUCAACAUGGAUAAAGGAAUGGCAAAUGGAGUGCUAUUUUUGGAUCUUAAAAAAGCGUUUGACACGGUUGAUCAUUCUAUUCUCCUACAAAAGCUAUACCAAUAUGGUAUAAAGGGUACUCCUCUAAAAUUACUAGCAUCUUACUUCAACAACAGAAAACAAGUUUGUGUCAUUAAUAAUAACAAGUCAGGCCAAGAAACAGUUCAAUGUGGAGUACCACAGGGUUCCAAUCUGGGACCAUUGCUAUUCUCAUUGUACAUAAAUGAUUUACCAAUGUGCCUUGAGUACACACAAGCAUCCAUGUUUGCUGAUGACACCAAUCUAUCAUGCACAGGAAGGACCCCAGCCGAAAUUGAGCACAAACUAAACGCUGACUUAUCCAAUGUUAACGACUGGUUAGAAGCAAAUAGGUUGACAUUGAACACAGACAAAACAGAAUUUAUGCUAAUAGCCUCAAAAAGAAAACUUAAUCAAUUUCGCACUGAUAUUCGUAUACAUAUAAACGGAUCCAUUAUUAAACAAGUUAAGCAAAAAAAAAACCUUAGGUAUUACAAUUGAUAACAAACUAAGGUGGACUGAACACAUUAAUGAGCAAUGCAAAAAACUUUCAAGUGCAAUAGCUCUGCUUAGAAAGGCAAAACCACACGUACCUUACAACGACUUACUCCGUAUUUACAAUUUCCUGGUAGUUCCUUACUUUACAUACUGUUCAACAGUUUGGAACGAUGGAAACAAAACAAAUUUGGAAAAACUUUAUAAAUUACAAAAGCGAGCCGCUCGUAUAAUUACUGGAUUAAACUAUGAAACAAGAUCAAAAACAAUCCUCCAGAGUCUAGGUUGGCAUCCAAUAGAUAACAUUCUUAAAAAAAGAGAAUUUCUAAUUACGUUUAAGGCUAUCCGAGGUAUAGCGCCGGAGUGCAUCAGUAAUAUGUUCUCCUACUGUGAUAAUAGAAGUCACCACAUGCGGAGCAACGGGUGGAAACUAACUCUCGAUAAACCUAAUAGAUCAUUUAUGAAAAAGUCAUUUUCAUAUCGAGGAGCUUCCGCCUGGAACUCAUUACCUAACGAAAUCUUAGACGUUCACGAACAGUUGACGAUACAUUCUUUUAAAACUACGCUCAACAAUCACCUACGUUGAUAAAAUAUCCAAUUGUAAAGACUCCUAGUCAAUUACACUAUUUUGUAAAUACUUAUACUAUUUUGUAAAUAUUUAUUUUGUGCUUUCUUUUAUGUAAACAACCCCUUUAAAAGCAGCGUAGGCUGAAGGGUUAUUGUUUGUAAAUAAGUUUUAAUAAUAAUAAUAAUUCUUAACGUUUGAUACAGUAUCAAUUUUUUAGGGGGCUAUCAUCAUCUUGCUUCCCUUAUGUAUGGUUCCUUUCUGUAUAAUCUGUAGGAUUCAAUUACUUUACAACCUGAAGACAAUGAUGUGAUGGAAAGCCUCUUCAACAACUUGAGGGCAUGCAAGAAAUCCCACACCCAAGAUCCUGAAGAUUUUAAAAGUCUCUUCCUCCAACAACAAGAGAAUGCUUUACAGUGUGAUGACAACAGAGGACGAAGAUGGCAUCCACUAAUAAUCAGAUGGUGUUUUCAGCUCCAUGCCACAUCUCCAAAUGCUGAAAGACAGUGGUCUAUUGAUAUUACCUGAUAAGAGAACACUUAGAGAUUAUAGCAAUUGUUUUAAAGCUGGCAUAGGUUUUGAUUCUGCAUUUUUAGAUUUGGUGAAAAAAGAUUUUCUUGAUAGAAGUGAUCCAUUGAAGGAAAGUGAUGCAUGGGUAGGAAUCAUUCAUGAUGAAGUUUCUUUGAGACAGGACCUUGUCUUUGAUGAUUCAGGUAAGCUUGUCGGGUUUGUGGAUCUGGGUUCUACUCAGAAUUCCAUUGAUUUUUUAGAGAAUUCUCUGUCAUCUGAUAAUUCAUCAAAUUCACCAGAUGAAGCAACACAUAUGAUUGUUUUUAUGGUUAUUGGUCUUUUCUCUGAUUGGAAAAUACCUGUUGCUUUCUUCCCCACCACCACAAUUAAGUCUUUUGCAUUAUUUAAUCUUUUUUGGAAGUGUGUUCAAGAGUUAGAAGAGAGAGGUAUUAAGGUUCUUAGUACAACAUGUGACGGUGCUUCUCCUCAUCGCACAUUUUAUAAAUACCAUUGUCCACCAGGUGACCCAAAAGGUGCACCAAUCUAUAAAACACUAAUCUUUAUGCUGAAGAAAAUAGAUAUAUUUUCUUUAUUUGUGACCCAGUGCAUCUGUUGAAGACUGUCCGUAACAAUUGGGAAAACAGCUUUUGGAGAAAUAAAACUAGAAAAUUGAGAAAUAACGGUAUGUGGAUAACUUGGCUGCAGCUUAUCGAUGCUUUUGAAAAUGAUGUGAAUGAGUCUAAUGCUUCGGGUUUGCGCAUACUUCAUAAAUUGAAUACUAACCAUCUUUUUUUGAAUCCAUACUUAAGGAUGAGAGUGUAUUUAGCUGCACAGGUAUUUUGUAACAGGGUUGCAUGUGCAAUGACUGUUCAAGGUAAAGCUGGAACAGAAGAAACGGCUAAGUUUGUGAAGCACAUGAAUGAUUUUUUUGAUUGUCUAAAUGCUAACAAGGUAUAUACUAAGUUUCAGUUUAGAAGUGUUUAUCGUGCACCUGAUGACCAGAGGCUUGUUUGGCUUAAAAGUGAGUUUAUAAAAUACUUUGAGGAUUGGAAGAAGUGGGCAAUGAGCCAGACAGAUGUUUCAGAAAAAGAGCGUAAAAAAUACUUUAUUAGUGAUCAGACUUGGGAAGGUUUACAAAUUUGUGUUAACUCUUUUGUAGAAGUUGUUCAUUUUGCUCUUCAGAUUCCAGGUGUUGAUUAUGUUGUUGCGAUAAAAUUUAAUCAAGAUCCUAUUGAGAAGUUCUUUGGUAAGUUGCGCCAACAGAGGGGUGCAUAUGGUGCUUUUAGCUGUAAUGAAUUUCAGCAAAGUUAUGCUUGUGCAUCUUUUAGCCAGACCCAUGCUAUCAAGGUUGUUAGGCAGUUAAAAAGGAAUGCAGGUUCUCUUGAUGCUCUGGAUCCUGAUUUGCAAUUGGUAAAGAGUAAUAAGAUUGGACGAGUUUAA